AUGGAGCAAGUGCUGUCGAUUCAACCAGGCCGCCAUUUGUCCAGGGACGAUGCCGUGGACUGCACCAUCCAGAUCGCGAGUGCUCUGUCCCAUUGCCACGCCAAUGAUGUUACUCACGGGCAGGUGUCGCUGAGGCAUGUGUCGGUAGAGAUGGCGAGGAAUCGGCUCGUUUGCCGCCUGGUGGACUUCAGCAUGGCAGCCCACGUUCCAGACUCCAGCACGCGGGAGACCAUGUGCGGUUCUCUCCCGUGCGUCGCUCCGGAGACAGCGCUGGGGGAGCCGUACUGGCCCAAGCCGGCAGAUUGUUGGAGCCUAGGGGUGGUGCUCUUGGAGACCGCUUGCGGGCAAGGCUCGCUCGAGCUCUCGGUGCCAUGGCGCCGUUGCGCACACCUCGUGCAGGCCAUGCGGGAGAUACUCUAG